GUGUGGCAAUUGGCUCUCUGCACGCAUCUUCAAUCGUAGGUUUUUGGUGCGCUCGCACGUUUGGCAUGCAAACAAAAUUCAGUAUUAAAUUGAAAAUCUCGUUGUUAUGUUGUGUCCGCACGGUUGGAGUUUUUCGAAUCCCCCUCUCAAACGGCACCGCCACACUCCCCGCGGUUGCAACUAACCGAAUAGACAACCAAGCUAGCUGGCUUGCCCACCCACCUUAGGCGGGAGUUGUGUUGUGUGUGCACACAGUGCGGCUGCAACAGCUUGCAGGAGAACACACGAAAAACGGUACUUAUCCUUCAUUUUGUUGAGUGAUGUGUCAAAAAUCGCGAAAAAUUCAUUAAUAAGCGAAAUGCAAGAUUGCUGCAUUGAAAUGAAGUGGAAAAUUAGUGAAUUGCAAAGUGCGAGUGUGCAAGUGAUGGACUGCAAAAGAGUGCGCGAUGACUGGACAGCAAUAGUAGACAACAGCAGCAGCGAGUAGUGUAGUGAGACAAAGCGUGCGGUCAAGUUGGAAAAAAGAUUUCGGUGCCAGCAAAUAUACGAGUAUACGGGUAAUUUAUUGAAAAAUAAGUUAAAAGUUUAUGCGAGAAUGUUGUGAGCAUGAAAAAGCGUUGGUAAAAGCAAAAAAGUAGUGAAAAUCUGUGUGAAAAAGUGUAAAUACCACGGAGCAGUGAAAAAGUGAAGAAGUCAAUGUGGAAAACUUCCAGUUAAGCACACGACGAACGUAUGCGGCACGGAGGGGGGGCGUGUAAAAAAGCGCUAUGUCGUACAAAGUAUGUCGUGUACGACGGGUGGUGGGGCGAACGAACGAGUGGCAAUCGCAGUAUGCGUUGCGAGCGCUGGACUCACCAACACACACACACGCACACACAGUUAGAGGCAUAAGCAUAUUUACAUACACCGACACACGCACACACGUGAUGCGGGGCGCUAUAAAGUGUUUUAUGUAUAUACAGUUGUAUAAACGAAAUGUGCGCCCAUAAUGCACAGUGCUCGCACACACCUACAUACAUAUGUAUAUACAUAUUUAUUUAUAUACAUACGUGCAUGCGACAGAGCGCGUAUAAAAUUAUGUUGUUAUGUGUGUGUGUAUAAGCACUAAAAGGCUUACAUAUUUACAUACGUGUUAAGCUAAUGUAUACAUACAAUAAACGCUCCCGCUGCUGCAUGGCAUGCAACAAAAAAUAAAUAAAUGUAUAUAUGUAAUAAGAAAAAUAAGUGAAAUAAAGGCAGACGUGCUAUAGAAGCGGUUAAAGUGACUGGAUGAUUGGCUGACUUACUGACUUAUUUUGACUGACUCAAUGACUGAAUGGCUGACAAAAAGACGACUAAAGGGAAAGCGCUUAUAAAACAAGUAAAAACGUUAACUUCAAUUGCUUUGAAGCUAGAAUACCCUUUACAAAUAAGGGAGUUUUCAUAUAAGAACUGAUAUUGAUGGCUCAGUCUGUGUGACAGCUAUUAGAUAUAGUGGGCCGAUCGGAAUAUCUUCGUGUAACUUAGCGUUUUCUUUGUCAAUAAUCCGUUACAAAUUUCGUGAGGAUAGCUCGUAACGUUAAAGAGUUUUUUAUACAAGACUUUAGUUCAGUUUAUGUCGUAGCUAUAUGCUGUGGUCCGAUAUCGACGGUUUCGACAAUUGUACGGCUUCCUGGGGAGAAAAGGAAGUGCUAUCUCAAAAACAGGGUCUGCGGACGAGCUAAAUCAACUCAAAUAUAGAAAAAAUUAAAGCAGCACUAACAACAGGCAAUAUUCAUCUUAUUGAACCCAGCAAAUAUUAUUAAAAAUACGUAAAUUUCACUCUCCAAUAUUUACAUGACUUUUAAAACAGGCAACUGUAAAGUUUUUUAAACAAAAAAUAUUACAUUCCAUAAUUUAGUAAAAUGUAAUAAACGCGCCCACUUUUUAAUGAGUCGCUGCCGCUGCCAAACGCUUACAGUACGUACCGCAGUAAGGCAUACGCGACGAGAGUGCAAGCAGCGUAGACACAUACACACGUCCAUAUGAAACAACGCUCCAGGCAUUCCAACUACUUGUAGUGAUGAAAAAAAAGCAAAAAAAUACGAAAAAGCAGAAAUUGUGUUAUUUUAUGUGCCUAAUGUUAUUUCCAUGCUUCAUACACUUUUCGUGUAGUUUUUUUGCAUUUUAUUACAAAUUCCCUACGUACUGCUACAGCAGCUUCGUCAACAUUUUCGUGUAUCAGCGCUUCUGUGUAUCUACAAGUUUUCUUAUUUGAACGCAAAACGAAAAAAAAAAUAACUUUCAACACAGUGCCAAAUAAUGACUGCGGAGCGCGUAAGCAUUACCAAUUUAAAGUGAGCGCAGAGAAAGAGAGUGGUUGAGUGAGCGCUUGCGUUUGUUUGUGUACGUGAGUGCAUGCUCACGUGCAAUAUCUGUGUGUGCCGUAGUUGCAAAAAGGGUGGGUGGGCGCAAGGCAGCUAUAAGUGACAAUGCUGCCAAAUCACUUGAAAAAAAUCGUUUUCUCAGCUGUUCGUACGUAACAUCAGUGCUGUCACUUUAGUUGGUAGAGUGCCACUAUAGCUGUCACGGAACUGUCAAAAAUGCUGUUUGACGUUUAUAUUUAACAGGCGCGCUCACAUGCGCACGCACACUAUUUCACUGUACGGUGUAUGUGUUUGACUCUCGACAGGAAAUAUACGACAUUGCCGCUCUUCCGCUGCCAGCGGCGCGCGCUCGCUCUCUGUAUGUGCAUCUUCAUUUGUUUAUUUACGUUGCAGCAUUGCCAACUUGCGUAUUUUUAUUUUAUCAUAUGUUUGUAGGUACAUUCCAAUAAGAAACCCAAGUUUGUGGUUGUGCGUGCUGCGCAUGUGUAUUUUUAUUUCUAUGUGUGGGUGUGUGUGCGUUUAUGUGGGCUUCACGCGCAACUCGAUUACGUCCAUUAAUUGACUAUCCAUGAAUAAUAAAAAAGUGUAGUAGAAAUUUUAAUUGAAUUUGUUGUAUAUUUUAAUUGAAAGCCGCUUAAUUAAUAAUUCACCGUAAUCUCAGCCGACAAAGUGUUGGAAAUAGCGAAGUGACAGUGACAGCCCUGCUAUCAGCGUUAAAUGAGUGUCAAUGCGAAUGUCAAGCAUAAAAUUAGAAUUGAUACGCAUUUAUUUACAUACAAAUGUAACUAUUUGUGAAUGAAAAUGUGUGUGAAGUGAAAAUAAAUGAAAAUAUACAAAUAAAUACAUUUUCUUCAUUAGAAAAAUGCAUUUUUUUCUAAUAAAUAAUUAAUAAAUUAAAAAAGUCUCCCAUAAUUUUUUUUUUAUAUUUAUUACAUAUAGGUUCAAAAUACUAAACAUUUCAAUUUUGUGCCCGUGUGUGUGAGUUUUUUAAAAGUUGCAAAAAUGUAAAAAUUCAAUUAGAAUAUGUCAAAAACUAAGUGUUGCCAAUUGGUAUGUGCCACUAUACUGUCCGUUAAUUCAUAAACCUAAAAUGCAAAUCAUUCAUUUGGUUGUCACCAAAAUUAUCGGUUUCUCUGCCGCUGAUCAGCAAAAGUGUCAAAUUGGAAUACGUCGGCUUCAAUCUUUAGUUUGAAUUUUCACGGACCAACAAAUGUCAGUUGGAUAGAGCAGAACAAGCAUCGAUCAGCUGUUUGCACGUGCAAAAGGGAAUGGGACCUAAAAAGCGUCUCAUAACAGCAGCUGCCGCCGCCGCUGGCGCCACCACUACGGAGCGUCAGCAACGCUCGUCGAGCAACCCAGUCACAACGGCGAAAAAACGUCCUACACCGGGCAAAGCACACAGUUCACCGGUGGCGCGUAAAGCGAUUGCCGUUGCCAGUAACGCGACGACGGUGAAGCGUAGUACGCACGGUCGGACGCCGUCCCCAGCCAAGAAACAGCAAACAGUGGUCAGUAAAGAGCACGAAAAAAUUAAGGAGGCCGAGAAAGAUAAUAAGUUAGAGAAAACGGAAAUUGAAAGCAAAGUGUCCGAAAAUCUUGACACGAAUCAAGGCGAAGUGGUCAAAGAUAUUAGCAACGCUGAAGCUGCUGAAGAAAGCUUAGCAAAGAAUCAACUGAAAACUAACCUGGAACAACCUGAGGAUUCAGCUAGAAAUGUUGCGCAUACAAUAAAGUCUACGAAGCGUACGCCCUCUCGAGAGAAUGUGAAAAAAUCGAACACUUCCGAGACGAAAGAAAAGUCUUCCUGCACCACAAACAAAAAGGUGGAGUCAGAGAAGCAAAAGGCUGAUUCAGAACCACCAAGCACAUCAGGCACUUCCGCCAAUAGCAAUAAAAGCAAGGUGGAGGAUCGUAAAGAUGGGAAGAAUAAAGCAAUAAGUAAAAUGCUCAAGAGUCUUGAUAUACAAAUAAGCGGUUUCGAUAAUAUACUGCCAAACGAGGAACGCAUACAAGAUACGCUAAAGUCCUCGAUAUCAGAGAACGUGAAAACGAAGUCGCGUGCAGCUGCGGUUAAAGUGAUAGCGAGCUUAAAUCCGCCGAAAUCGAACAUAGCGCGUAUUAAAGCACGACAAGAAGAAGAUAAAAAGGAGAAGGCUAAAGAAAAGGAAAAAGAUAAAGACAAAGAUAAGGAUAAAGAUAAAGAUAAAUAUAAAGAAAAGGGAAAAGACAAGGGUAAAGAGAAGGAAAAGGAAAAAGUGGAAGAAAACCAUUCAAAGUGCAAAGAAACAGAAAAAAUAAUUGAAGCCGCAGAAGUUCGUGAAGAAAUCUCAAACAUAAACACAGAAGAAUCUCCUAUCACCCAUGACGAAACGCUAAAAUCGAAUAAGCAUACAUUAGACUCUGUCAAAGAAGAUAAUACGAAGAACAGCGAAUCUCAAGCGGCUCCCAGUGAAACGGAUAAAAAACCUACUGCCAAAAUGGCACCCAAAAAAAAAAUAACGGCUAAGCGUGCCAAUAAGACCGACGCCAAUCAAAAAAGCAAAAAAGCGCCUUCUCAAAAACCAAACGAGGAUGACUCCAAAGCACAGCAACAAAGUGGUAAUUGUAGAAAUGAUGCCAUAGUUGGGACACCGUUAAAGAAGAGACUACUUAAGGCCAAACUUAUAAAGAAAUCUACUGAGGAGGUCAUGGAGAAAAAUGCCGGGACCAGCAUGCCAACAGAAGAGAAGUCAGAACCACAAGGCUGCAAGGCAGUAGAACCACCUGAUCCACCGGACAAAGAGAGCGGAGAAAUAAAGGCUGAAAAAACUCCUAAAAAGACGCCAUCGCCGAAAAAAGUAAAGACGAAUCCAAAGAAUCCAGACAAGUGCAAUAUACAGGAACCUGAGAAGACAGUUGUAAAACCUUUAGACCUAAUAGAGAAAGAAGAAACAUUAAGAAUAGUAUUAGAUGCGAAUACAGAGGUAGUGCAAAUGGAUAUAGAAGAAAUGCCGGUUUGUGCAAGCGCUCCCAAAGAAGUGGAGCAUAAAACGGAAGAACUAGAUGUUAAGCCGCAAGAAGCGGACGCUGAGAUUGUGAAGCAGGAACCACUGAAACAGGAAGAAAUCUCUGAAAAAGCCGGGAGCUCUGCCCCGUGCUCACCACUUAUUGGAAAGAAGCAAAUGUCAAAUAUUAAGCACAGAUUACAAAGCAAGUACAAAGUGCCGCCAGUGAAGUCCAGCCCCACUGCCAAGAUGGCGGGUAAGAAAUCCAAAUUUGCGCAAAAGUUGGCAGCUGAUAAAUCAAACAGUUCUGCUGCCAAUGAUAUCUAUGACUUUCGUUCCGGCUCUGAAGAGGAGGAUAACAUUAAAAUGGAUCUUCCUACAUUGAAGAAUUUACGUGAAUUCGCCGAUGAGGAACACAAAACCAAAUCCACCAAAGAGAGCGUCAAGAGCAAAGAACCCUCAAUGGAUAUCGAUCAAAAGCAAACAAAAGUGGAGGAGACACUAAAAGAGGAACAGUUGCCAGAAGCAGUGACGGAAGAGAUUAAAAAGUCAAUGGAAAAUUCUGAAACUGAAGAAAAAGCAAAAGAGGACGCUGAUGAAAAAAUAACCGACGUGUCACAUAAAGCUGAAGAUGAUUCUAGAGCUGUUGCUCAGACUACACCUAAAACUAAAAACGUAGUCAAGUCUAAGGUAACAAAGAAAGUUUACAAGAAGAAACCCUUGAUAACAAAGAAAGUUAUAAAAACAGUCAAGGGAAAAAUGUUACAAAAGACGGAAAAAACAAAAGUGAAGAGUAGUAAAUUACAAAAAGAUUCCUCCUCGGCAAGCAGCGACUCGGAAGAUGAAAAGAAAUUAAUCGACUUUGGUCCUAAACGUCAUCGCAUGGCCUCACUAAAUGCCUUAGCCAAGGUACAGUGUCUCUAUGAGAACGAAUCACGCACGGCAUAUGAGCUGGGUCUGUCAAAAGCAACACAACUUCCACCCAAGAUCCGCACUGUGGAUGGAAGUGAAGAUGAGAAGGACAAAGAGAAGGAUAAGGAUAAGGAAAAAGAGACGGAUGAAAAAAGCAAAUCAAAGAAGGAUAAAAAGAGUGAGGAAACUAGCAAAACCGAUGAGCCACAGAAAGCUGAAUCAGAAGAUGAACCACAAGAGGUGGAACCAAAGCGAGAAUUGCGUCAUGUACCGGGCGGCCGCGGACUCGGUAAGCAUUGGGAAUUCGAGGAAAGUGGUGACACUGAAGAUGAGGAAAUAGACAAAAUGAAACUGAAGCGCAAGAAAUUACAGAAAAAGUUGGCGAACAAGAAAGAAAAGGAAGCUGAGAAAUUGAGAGAAAAGGAAAGAAAAGAAGAAGAAGCCUCGAGUAGCAAGAUUUCCAAAGCCAGGGAAGACAAAGACAAAGAAAAAGAGAAUCCCAAGGAAAAGGAUACUAUCAGAGUAAAGCGCAAGUAUACAAAAAUUAAGAAGCCAUUGAAGAAGAUAGUAAAAUUGAAGACCGAUACUUCCGAUGGUGGGGAAAACACCGAAGUAAGCGAUAACGAAGACAAAGCCCGGGAUAAAGAUAAAUCAAAGGUGCAAAAAGCAAAACUAGAAGCUCGAAAACCGCCAAAGAAGCGCAAGCGCAUGUUACGCGAGGAAUUAAUUGGCGAUUACAAGGGCAUUUUGGCGCGGAAACGUAUGGCGAGUUUGAAUGCCAGUGCCAUAGUUGCGGCCACUUACGAGGUGGAACGUCAUCUUGAUAAAAAUCUCGCCUAUGGCAGCUACGAUAGUACCGAUGGUGAGGAGAAAACUUCCACGCCGGCAAAAAAAUCCAAGGAUGUGACAAAGGACUCCAAGAAAGCGCCCACAGCCACAUUAACAACCGACGAGGCUUUGAAUACAAAAGAUACUGGCGAAGUCACUGCCAAUACUACUGCUGCAGCCAAUAGCUCGAAUGCGUCUAAUGCCAGCGGCACUGCCAGAGAGUCGUCGAGGCCGUUGAAUUUGAAUGAAGAGAGCAACGACUCAAAAUAUUCAAAAGAAACCAAAGAGACAAAUACAGAUACAACUACCACAGCCGGUUUUCGCGAUUCGGGCAGCACAAAGGACGCUAAAGACUCCAGUCGACCGACCUCAUCCAGCGUCGUUAUCGUACAGGAUACCGACGUAACUAUCACGGGUGUGUAUGUGAACUCAACAACGGGUUCAAGUCAGGAGGCAUACUGUAAAAUGCAAUACCGUGUGCAAUCGAGUGUUACCGAGGAGCGAGUGUUGCGUCCUAGUUCAGUAGAUCCACCCAAAUCUUACACGCCGUUGAGCGCGCUCUCUAGCAUGUUGCCGCCAGGUGCGUCAACAGGUGGCGCAAUGAGUGAUGCGCAAGUGUCACCUCCACCACCACCUCCGCCCACUGCGGUCGGCAACACCUUACCUGAAGCACUCAGUGGAGCUGGCAUGUAUCACGCCAGCGAUUUGGGACUACAUCCCGAGCAUGGUGCGCCCGAACAUGGCCCACCACCACCCUCUUAUGCAGCCGCCGCCGCUGCUGCAGCUGCUGCCUAUCAUGCACAUCAUAUGUCGCCAGCUGCAGCCGCCGCCGCUGCGGCCGGCAUGCAUGUACAUCAUCAGCAUCAAUAUGCACACGCACACGCGCAUCAAUAUCCACAAGUAGGCGGUGAACAUGGCAUGCAUGCUGGACCACCAACCACAGCUGGUGGUCCGCCACCACCGCCGCCACAUCUCUAUCAACCACCGCCACCGUCACAUUACGGACCGCCGCCACCACCACCGCCCACAUCGAGCGUGGUUGGACCGGUGCGCUGUGAUGUGGUAUCGCCACCACCAACUUAUCGCUCCAGCGUCUAUGCGCCACCAACUGGACCGCCACAUCAACAGACAGCGCCCAGUGGCCUGUUGCCACCGCCACAUUCCACGCUCUCCAUGACAGCGGGCAGCGGCGCGAGCGCCUUCUGCGCGCCCAACAUUCAUCAUCAUCAAGCACAGCAUCAGCACCAACAUCAGCAGCAGCAACAACAACAAUCAGCAGGACCGCAACAGGACGCAAGUGGCUAUUACCAACCUGCCGGUCCAUUGAUCUCACCACACGUCCUACCAACUGUAGCCGCUGCACCACCGCCGCCUCCUAAUGUGCCACUUCUGCCGACAGGUGUCACCUCUGCUUCCGCUUCUGCUAUCAAGAAAUCUCAACAAAUACCCGCGCCGCUUAGCUCUGAUCCGGAGCUUGCUGCCGGCCAACAGCCCCCACCAUCGGCUACAGCCGCAGAUAGCGCAGACAGUGAUGUGCUUAUUACCGGUGGCGAUUUGACACCGUUCCGCUAUCCGCCGGUCGCACAUAGCGGCGCGCCCACUACACAGCACCAGCAGGUGCAGCAGCAACAGCAUCAACAGCAGCUUCAUCAACAAGCUGCCGCCGCUGCUGCCGCAGCUGCUGCUGCUGCGGCCGCCGCCGCUCAUCAGAGCUCACCAUAUCCACGUUCGAUGCAUGCGCAGAUGCACUACUCGACUGCGUAUCCGGCCAACUAUUGUACACCAUAUCCGGUGGAAGCGGUGUGCUACUCACCGCCCGCCUAUCAACCCUACUUUUCGACCAAAGUCUAUCAAAGCGCAGGUCCGCCACCACCUUCGACAUACCGGCGCUAUCCAUACUAUCAGCCAGGUCAUCCGCCUCCGCCGGCCGAACUGUACGAACAGGGACCACCACCACCACCACCGACAGCGGCUAGUGGUGCAGCACAACCCAGUGGACCGCCACCACCAACGUCCAUUCAGGGACCACCACCACCAGCACCGCCCCCCGGAACACAGCUUGUGCCGGCUGGACCGGCAGCACACGCACAGCAUCUCGAACACUAUCCAGGUCCGCCGGGCUAUUAUACCGGCUAUAGUCCGGGCGGUGGCGCUGCAGGGCAGUGCUAUACGCGCAGCAUACAGGGACCGUAUAUGGAAUAUCCACCACAGUGUCCGUGUCCAAUGCAACAAUCGUGUCCAAAAAACGUCCAUACUGGGCCUCAUAUUGGUAGCAACAACGGCAGCAACAGCAACAGCAGCAGCAGCUGCAGCACGAACAACAGCAGCAACAGCAAUUGCUCAACGAUGAAUCAUUUGAGCAACAACAACAAUACGUUGAUGAAUGGCAGCAACAGCAGCAGGGAAAUCAACAACAGCAGCAACAGCAACCACAACAGUUCGAAUAUGACGAACCACAGCCAGAACAGCAGGAGCAGCAGCAACAACAACAGCAGCUCGAUCAACAAUUCAUUGACUACCAGUAGAGGCCCAGUUAAAAAAUCGACGACGACGACAACCUUAACCACAACAGCGACACACGCCAGCGUACCAGUAACAGCAACAGCUAUGGCUUUAGCUUCAGCAACACCAACAGAAAUCGACGAUCUGUUACUGUUCGGCAAGCAACAUACGCAACAGCAUUUGGACCUGUUGCAAGCGGUUAAGUCCGAGCUGAAGUUAGAGGAUUCGGACAAUAAAAGCCAGUACGAGGAGAGCGUAGUACAGCCUCCAACGCCGCCUGAAAGCUAUACAACCAACGACGAAAAACUCUUAGAUACACUAACGGAGCAGGAGCUGUCCUCGGCGUCAUUGCCGGCGGCACUUGAAGAGGCUAAUGCAAAGCUGCUCUUACGCAGCGAUCAAAAUGACAGCAAAGUGGCAGUGCCGGUGGAGAGCCGACAACAGACAACACCGCAAUACGCGGGUAAUAACUGUAACAAUACGCCGCCUGUGCUCGAAGCCUACGACUUGACAUCAGUAACGGAGACACCUCCACCCUCCACGCCAAAUUCAACAGUAGCUACCAAUUGCAGCACCACCAACUCCACCACAACCGCCACCAAUUGUGCCGCAUUUCCGAUCUUGGGGCGCAAAGCGCGUAUUGGCAAGACGAUGGCGCGCGAGAUGGUUUACGCAGGCGCAGCAGCAAAUGUGACCGCGCAGGCCCAAAGCAGUUCACAAACGCAUUCGACACCAAUGAUACAUGUACGCACGUUGCCACAGCAACCACAUGCAAUUGUGCAACCACAACAGCAACUGCAACAACCACCACCGCAGACCCAGCCGCAUCAACAAACGCAAACACAAUUUGUGACACUUCAACCGGAGCAGCUGUUGACUGCUAUCACACCAAGUCCUUCACCACAAGUGCCAGCCACAUUAAGCGAGUCCUUUCCAGCCGCCGAGACUGCGCAGACGCCUUUUAUAUUGAAGACAGAAAUCAAGGCAGAAAAGAUUAAGCUGGAAGACGAUGAACCCCUGUUAAACGCUGUGUUGCAAAUGCAACAACAACAAGAGUCUAAUCACAAUCAUGACAAAGACAAUGAGAAGGCUGAAUUGAAGCUUAUCAAGGCUGAGCCACUGACAUUGACCUGUGAAGAUGUGUCGACCGAAGUGUCUGAUGUUACGGACACGCCAACAUUGAAACCGUUAGUUCGCAUGCGUCUUUUACCUAGCUUGCAGCAGCCACCAGUAAUACAGUGUGACAUUGACCUCUCCACGACUUCAGAUGAUGAUGUGCUCGAUCUUUGCCACAGUCCGGCAUUAUCUUCUUCGGGCAGCUGCCAAAAGUCACGCCUCAAGAUACUUAACCUACCCAAGGCACAACUGCAGUGUAAGAAAUCUUCACCCAACGGCUACAAAAGUCUCAUUAAGCAAGCCGAGCCACGCACAUAUUUGUGCCUGAGCGGACGAAAGCUGGAUAAACGUGGGCGUUACAGUAAACUUCAGUUACGGCAAUCCAAAGUAGGUGGCGUCAACGCGACAAUACGCCGGCGUCAGCUGGUGCUGACCGAUAAACAAAAGAAGCAACUGAAGUUGCGCAAGAAAAAGUUACAAGCGCUGGAACGCCGCAAGCAGGAGAUCUUAGAAAAGCGUCGCGCGGCUGCGAAACAGGAACGGCUGCAGCGCAGGAGGCAGCAAAAGAAGUCAAUCGCGCUCAGUGACAUAAAACAAGAAGAUAUAGAGCCAUGCGCCGAUGAGAUCGUCGAUUUGGUAGAAGAACCAGAGCAGACGGAAAGCGAGUUCAGUGAAACCACGCAAACAGAUGUGCCAACAAUGCGCAUGCUACUGACCGAGAGCAGUAGCAAUAGCAACAGCAGCAGCAGCCUGAGUACGCUACGCAUCACGCCGAAACCUUCACCGAAGCGCGGCAAGACACCGCGUAAAACUUGUAUACCGUUGCACUUAAUCGAAACCAUCGACUCGGUGGCACGCGGAUAUUUCUCAGAACCCGAAACGUCACGUUGCAGUGGCACGCUGAAUCAGUAUACCAACAGCGAUGCUGCUGACGUCACUGAGCCUGCCUCGGAUAAGGCAGCAUCUGAACGUAAACAAAAGAAAGACAAAAAGGUGAGCGCGGAGAAGCGCUCCAAGUCGGAGACAAAGAAACCUAUUAAAACCGCAACAGCAGCAGCGCACACAGCUGUGCCUGAGGCUAUUGAUGUAAACUACACACUUAUGACCGCGACAGCGCGUGCCGCACAAACUACCUCAAUAACCGAACCUGCGUUGGGUUCACGCAAUGAUGAGCCUAACACAGCCUUGGAUUUGACACAGGUCACAGAAGAGGCGUACGCCGAACCAACGGCAACGUCGCUUGACGAGAUUGUUAGCAGCAACAGCAGCACAAAUAAAAUUUCGAGCAAGUCAAAGCGUACGCCAGCUAAACGGAAACCUGCAAAAGCAAAGAAAUCGAAAAAGCCAAAGUCAAAUAAGAAGAAACUUAAACAGCAAGACUGCGACUACAACACAUAUACUUUGGAAACGUCUGAGGAGGUGCCGCUGCAGGCCACAGAGCAACUGGCAUUGGAGACCAACAACAACCUAUAUGACAAAUGCAACGCGCAAGGCAGCGCAGUGGAGGAGGUCGAAGAUAGACCAGCACAAAUGGAAGCAGAAGAGCUGGAUGAGACGCCGAUGCUACCAGAAGUCGUGCAAGAACAGCAGUAUGCGCAGCCAUUCGAUAAACAUUCCAAUGCACAAGUGUUCCUGCCGCCGGUACCGCCAAUGCCGCGCAUUGUUUGCCAGCCGCAUCACGGUACUAAACGCACGCGUUCGCGUUCGAAAUUCGGCAGCCGCAAGCGACAGAAGGUGAAACAUUCCACGGUCUCCUUCGAAUUAGACGACCGCCUACCGCCAGCCACGCGCGGCGAUGUCGUGCCGAAGUGGAAUAACGGUUGGACGUGGGAGGGUGAGCCGUUCCAGGGCGCGGUAUUUUUGAAUAGCGACGACCCGCUAGUCAUACGCACCUGCUAUCCCGCCAUGCGUCACUCAGAGGGCGACAUAAUACGCACACGCGACUGUGUGCUGCUCAAAGCGAAUGAGGAUAACGAUCUGCCAUAUGUGGCAAAGGUGGCGCACCUCUGGGAGAACCCCGAAGAUGGUGAAAUGAUGAUGUCUUUGCUGUGGUACUACCGACCCGAACACACAGAGCAGGGACGCCAGCCUAACGAUAGUCCCGAUGAGGUGUACGCCUCCAGACACCGCGAUCACAACUCAGUUGCCUGCAUUGAAGAUAAGUGCUACGUGCUCACUUUCAGCGAAUAUUGUAGAUACCGCCGUCGUCUACGCGCUGCUGAGGAGGACAUCGAAGAGGAGGUCUCCAUAGUGCCCAAACGCUCCAGUUGUUAUAGCAUACGCACCGUGCCUGAGAAUACAAAUCCCGAACUGGUUAUGUUCUGUCGGCGCGCGUACGAGUUUCGCACGAGACGGCUGCUAAAAAUGCCCAACAAACAAGAUUACAUUGUCGUCAACGGCUAAGCCGGCAGCACGCCCAACAGAAAAUACUUGGAAAAAUUGUUUGUUUAAAGCAGUAAACGCUGGAGGCAGCGACGCAGCCAUUACGCUUGUAUAAGGUACUUUUGUUGAACUGUUGAGAACAACAACAACAACAAUUAGCUGCUGGAUUGUUUGUAGUUUGAGAAAACAUUUCGGCAAAGCAUAUAGGGUGCUGCAAGAGCGUCAAUCAAGUAUGCUGUUCAAAUUAGUAAUGAAAGUCAUUAGGGCCUGUAACGGUAAUUAUUUGUUUGCAUUAUUUAUAUUUAAGUGAAAUAUUUAGGUGACUUAUUUUACACCCUCCUACAAAUCGCUUUUCCCUUUACAUUUAUGUACGUAAGCCUAACUUAACUUAAGCUUAACUUGCUGUAUGCGGCUUUUCGCCAAUGUGUUUCCAUUUAUUAGCGUUUAUUCGCAAUAUUCGCUCGUUACAUAUACAUAUAUUUAAAUAUUUAUACUUUCUAUGUAUGCAUAGGUGUUUAUUUUUCUCUUAUUAACGGUUAUUCACAACACGCCACAUACAAAUGCGACGCGUGUUUUCGACGUUUAAAACAAACUAUUAUUGUAAGCGCAAAUGUAUUGAAAAAACGCAUACACACCAAAAAAACAAAAACAAA